AUGAUGCUCUACCUCAUGAACCGCAUGUUGGUCGAGGCGGAGACCAGCAACGACAAAGAUUUCAUUGCGUUGAGCGCGCUCAUGCGGGCCGCGACGAGCCUCUACCGCAUGGACCGUCAGCGGCCCUCGUACCUCCAGGAGUUUGUCAAGGACUUCACGGUCUGGAAGAACAGCGACUUCUGGGAGGAGUACUUCCUGCACGAAAUGCUCAAGAAGCGCAAGAACGAAACGAAGGAGACGGCGAGGGGCUCGAUCUCGGGCGGCGAUGCGGACGACGCCGCACUUGCGUCCGUCCUGCUUCCUUACAUCAUCUCGCACAUGUUCAAAUGGGACACGCCGCUGGAGGUCGGUGAGCAGUUCGUGCGGUCCAUCGGCGAGCGCUUCUCUCUCCCCGCCGACAAGGUCAAAGAGGCCCUGGCUGUGCUGGCGGAGAAGAUGGCCGAAGCGAAGUACGUCGAGGAGCCGGCCCAGCAAGCCGCGGAGGCUGCUUCGCCGCAGGAGGAUACGAAAGCGAAGACGCCGAAGAAGACAAGAACGAAGCGAAGCCCGAGAGGGGAGGGGGCUGCAGAGGAGAAGCCCGCGGCGCCGGCGCCGGUGGGCGUGAUCAAGUCCUUCCAGCCGCCGACCACGAUGCUCGAGAAGGAGAAGCGAAUCGAGGAGACCCGCAAGCAGAAGAAGGCCGAAGAGAAGAAGGACAAGAAGGCCGACGAGAAGAAGGAGAAGAAGGACAAGAAGGGAUCGGUGUUGGCCCUGCCCAAGAAGAAGGAAAAGGAAAAGGAGAAGGAAAAGAAGAGCGACGAGGCCGACAAGAAGAAAGUGCGCAUGCGGAGCAGGACCGACGCGGUGCCGAUCCCGAAGAAGGGCGAGGCUGAGAAAGACGACGGCGCUGGCUCGACGUCGCCUCUGUUCUUCGGCCGAUCGUGA